AUGGGAUUGAUUAGAUCAUUCUGUUUUAAUUGUCAACAACCAAAUUAUUUUGGAUUGUUUACAUAUAAUGACGAUUGGCAGUACACUACUAUUGAAUUGUCUACUGGAAACACCAACAAAUCUCAAUCUAUUUCAUUGGAUACCUCUGGUAUUGUAUUUUCAAUCCUUAAUAUCAGUGACAAUGGUGAUAGUGUCCUUUCAAUAGUAGCGGAUGGCAACAUCUUUGCUUUAACUAGUUUUAACUCUCUGGAUAAUCAAUUUAAAAUAUUUAGUAAUGUUUCAAAUGAUAUCACUUUUGAAUUCCAAUUUCAACCGGUUUCGUAUGAUGCCAAAACAAAUAAAGCAUACUAUGUUUCUUUAGUCCAGGUUGCCUAUGAUGACAUUUUAUCGAUCAUGGAAUUCAACUUUAAUACCCAUCAAGUUAGUAUUUUUGAAGUGAGAGCCACUCUUCAACUUCAAGGUCUGCCAAUCGGUGUCUAUGAUUCCGAUUCCAAUAUAUUCUACUCGUUCGUCGUUGACAAACACCAAAUUCAAUAUAUACUGUCGCACUCGAUCGCAACUCAGAAAGAUCUUGUAAACACACUAAAUAUAACCUUUAACGAUGGACCGUCAUCGCUUUUCUACCACAAUCAAUAUUUAUACCUAUGUCAAAUGUCUACAGAGACAGGCAAUACUUUUAUCUAUAGAUUCAACACCACAAGUUGGUCACACGAAACCAUCUACUCUGGAGCCAACACCUACUUCCUAGGAAUGAUGCAACCUUUCUACCAAAGUAAUAACUAUAUUGUUAUUUUCAAUCAGAAUGAAAUACAACAACCUAUAUCCAUAGACUAUCUCAAUUUAGAUAAUCUAAAUGUUACAACGAGUACCGGUCUGAAUAAUACUAUACCGAAAGCAAAAGAUGGCUAUUACUUUGGACAGGCGUAUACAUCGGAAUACAAUCAUCUCAUUCCAGUUUAA